AUGAAACGUCACUCAUUAGACAUAACUUCAGGUGACCAACUCAAAGUGAAACGACAAACAAUCAUACGAACUCAGAAAACUUUGAGUCAACAAAAUGAAAGUGACGAUGAAGAAUCAGAAAUUCUAGUUGUUCAUCACGUUACGAUUAAAGAGCUCGAUGAAGAGGAACCUUUCGAGGAUGAGGUUCAUGAUGCUCCUCCUGCAUUAGAAUAUGGGGGCCAAGCAACUAUUGAUGAAUUAAAAGAGCUCAACUUGGGCACAAAUGAAGACCCAAGACCUAUCUUUGUUAGUGCACUUUUGAAUCCUAGCGAAGAGGAAUCAUACCAUCAGAUGUUACUUGAGUAUAAAGAUGUCUUUACUUGGACGUAUAAGCAGAUGCCUGGCCUUGAUCCAAAAGUUGCGGUCCAUCACCUUGCAGUCAAACCUGGAACACGUCUAAUCAAACAAACUCAAUGUCGCUUCCGUCCGAAGCUCCUAAGUCAAAUCGAAGCCGAAGUUGACAAGUUGAUCGCGGCCGGAUUUAUUAGGGAGGAUGACUUUCCAUUGCCCAUAAUUGAGCUCAUGGUCGAUGCAACCACAGGUCACGAAGCCUUAUCUGUCAUGGAUGGUUCAUCUGGAUACAAUCAAAUAAGAAUGUGGCUAGAGGACGAAGAACUCACCGCCUUCCGCACUCCAAAAGGAAUUUACUGUUACAAUGUGAUGCCAUUUGGCCUUAAGAAUGCAGGUGCGACCUAUCAAUGUGCAAUGCAAAAGAUCUUUGGUGAAAUGCUUCACAAGAAUGUCGAGUGCUACGUUGAUGACCUGAUGAUCAAGUAUGUUACAUCAAAACCAGUCUUGACAGGGCGUUUGGCCAAGUGGGCGUUACCUCUCAAUCAAUAUGAAAUCAUCUACACUCCAACAGAGGCAGUUAAGGGGCAAGCUGUUGCAAAUUUCCUAGCUGAUCAUCCAAUUCCAGCAGACUGGGAAAUUUCAGAUGACUUACCCGACAAACAAGUCUUCUUCGCUGACGUUUCUCCUGCUUGGAUGAUGUUCUUUGACGGAUCAGCUCGUAAAGAUGGGGCGGGGGCUGGCGUAUUCUUCGUAUCACCCGAGACACAGGUAUUGCCCUAUUCAUUCACUUUAAGUGAACUUUGCUCGAACAAUGUUGCAGAAUACCAGGCUUUGAUCAUAGGCUUACAAAUGGCUAUGGAUAUGAAGAUAUCAAGCUUAGAAGUAUAUGGUGACUCCAUGUUAGUAAUCAACCAACUGUUGACCCACUAUGAAGUUAGGAAGGAUGAUCUAAUUCCGUACCACCAAAUGGCCACGCAAUUACUAGAAAUGUUUGACUUCGUGACGCUUGAGCAUGUGCCAAGAAAAGACAACCAAAUGGCAAAUGCCUUAGCCAACCUUACUCCUACAAUGGCGUUGACAAAAGAUGAAGUGGUGAAUCUUCCAGUUUGCCAACGUUGGGUCAUUCCAUUAAUACUUGGGGCAUCGCAAGAAAGAGUCAACGUUAUCUCGGUAUUGUCCAUUGACGCUGACGACUGGAGGCAGCCUUUAAUUGAUUAUCUUGAGCAUGGGAAACUGCCAAAUGAUUCGAGACUUCGAUCAGAGGUACGGCGUCGGGCACCUCGAUUCAUUUAUUAUAAAGAGAUUCUAUACCGUCGUUCAUUCGAAGGCUUGUUUCUAAUAUGCUUGGGCGAAGAAGAUGCAUCCAAAGCAAUGGAGAAGGCUCACUCAGGUAUUUGUGGAGCUCAUCAAUCAGGGCCAAAGCAACAUUUACAAAUAAAGAGGAUGGGCUACUAUUGGCCGACUAUGGUCAAGGAUUGCAUGGAUUAUGUGAAGAAAUGGCAAGCAUGUCAAUUCCAUGCCAACUUUAUACAUCAGCCGUCGGAGCCGCUACAUCCUACAAUUACUUCAUGA